UAAUGGCGAAGGGGCCACGUCUCUCCGCCCUUUGAGGAGGGGCCACUCUUCUUUCGCCAUUGCUUCCUGUCCUCACCAUUUCCUCUCUCUCUCUCUCUCCAUGAUUGUGAGUGAAGCUAGUGAGAGAGCAUGUCACGAGAUGGAGAUGACAUUUCACAGUAUCUUCUCUCUCUCUCUCUCUCUCUGUGAUAUGGACAGGAGAAAUGGAUUGGGUUUCGUGAGAAGUGGAUAUUUUUAAAGACUGGCUCUGUCUCUCUCUCUCAUAUGGGUUGAAGAACUGGAAUAGUUUUUGUGAGAGGAGGAGAAUAAUGAACCUGUAGUGGUCUCUCUCUCCCCCCAUUAUUGCUCUGAUACGAGAUGAGGAAUUGAAUUUGGUUUUCUUACAAGUGGAUGAUUGUGAUGAAAUCGACUCUCUCGCUCUUUUCUGAUAUGGGUUGAAGGAAAUUUUGAGUAGGUCCUAUAAGAAGUGGAUAAUAGUGAAGAUACAGUGCUCUCCCCUCUCUCUAAUGAAGAAGCAGUGGGAAAAUAAUGAAUAAAUGGUGGGUGGUUGGAGUAGAGAGGAGGAGAAGACCUUUGAAAGAGGACUUGCAGAGUACUCAGAGGACACCAUACAUAGAUGGGAAAAGAUUGCUCAAACGCUUCCUGGGAAAACCGUGGAAGAGGUGAAGAAGCAUUACGAUCUCUUGAUCGAAGAUGUGAAUUCGAUAGAGAGUGGAAAGGUGCCAAUCCCCUGUUAUGCUUCUGAUGAUUUUACUGAGCUUCGAGCUUUUGAGAAUGGAGGGGUGGCGAAGAAAGGGGCACUCAGUGGUGGCUCUCUGUAUUCGAAUUUCAUGGGGGAGACAAAUGGGUUGCCCAAGGGAGCUUCGAAAGCUGAGCAGGAGAGGAAAAAAGGCACCCCUUGGACAGAGGAGGAGCACAGGCUCUUUCUGCUUGGCCUUGACAAAUUUGGAAAGGGAGAUUGGAGAAGCAUAUCAAGAAACUAUGUGAUAACGAGAACUCCAACCCAAGUUGCUAGCCAUGCCCAAAAAUACUUUAUAAGGCUCAAUUCCAUGAAUAGAGAUAGGAGGAGAUCGAGCAUACACGAUAUAACCAGUGUGAACACAAGUGGUGUAUCUUCGCCACAUGGUCCUAUCACGGGCCAGAGUGGAUCAUCAAUUGGGACAACGAAUAAGCAUCCAUUGCACAAUUCAGGUGUGGUGCGUGGCGGAGCGUCAAUGAUGGGUGGUCAUUAUCCACAUAUAGUUCCGGCGGCAGUCGGGACCCCUGUUAUCAUACCUCCACCGCCUGGCUAUGGUGCACCCCCGUACAUCGUUCCGGUGGCAUACCCAGUGCCCCCUAAUAUGAUGCAUCAGUGAUCUUUCUUUCUCAUACUCCUUUGCUCACACUCUCUUUGUGGAAUUUUAGAACUAUGCAUUGAGUUAUAGGCCAUGUGGAGUUACAGGACAAUGCAAUUAGAACUGGUUUAAAGGACAUUCAUUGAGCAGUUAAUUAUUUCCCUUGUGAAAAGCUAACAAAUAAAAAAGGGUUUAGAUACCCUUCAAAAUGUUUCUUUUGUAGGGGAUUAUGAAUUUUUAUCAAUGAAAAUUUCUCCUUCAUUUAAGUGAAA